ACCGGAAGCUGUCGGCUCGGCAACAUGGCGGCGCUGAGGGUCCUGAGGAGCGCAGCAAAGGAUUUCAGUUUUGCACUGAAUGUUGUCUCAUCGAGGACCCUGGUGACUGGCCCCUUCCUGAGCUCCUCCUCACCGGCCCAGUGCUAUUCUCCAGCUGCACAGAGACCUGAUGGUGAUUUCAAGGUGACAAUGAUUCCAGGGGAUGGUGUCGGUCCCGAGUUAAUGCAUGUCGUCAAAGAGGUGUUUAAGGCUGCAGAAGUGCCAGUUCAGUUUGAUGAACAUCAUGUGAGUGAAGUGCAGAACAUGGCCUCAGACGAAAAACUGGACGAAGUCCUCGACUCCAUGAAAUUGAACAGAGUUGCAAUUAAAGGGAAGAUCUACACUCCAAUGGAAUACAAGGGCGAAUUGUCAUCCUAUGAGAUGAAGCUGAGAAAGAAACUUGAUUUGUUUGCAAACGUGGUCCAUGUUAACAGCUUACCGGGUUACUCAACACGGCAUAACAACUUAGACCUGGUGAUCAUCCGUGAGCAGACGGAGGGCGAGUACAGCUCACUGGAAUAUGAGAGUGCUCAAGGGGUCAUCGAGUGUCUGAAGAUCAUCACCAGGGAGAAGUCCCGCCGGAUCGCCAAAUUCGCCUUUGAUUACGCCACAAAGAAAGGUCGCUCGAAGGUCACCGCAGUGCAUAAGGCCAACAUCAUGAAGCUGGGAGAUGGCCUGUUCCUGCAGUGCUGUAAGGAAAUGGCUGAGCUCUAUCCCAACAUCAAAUACGAUUCUGUCAUUAUCGACAACUGCUGCAUGCAGCUGGUGUCCAAUCCCUAUCAGUACGAUGUUCUGGUUAUGCCCAAUCUCUAUGGAAACAUCAUUGAUAACCUGGCAGCAGGUCUGGUCGGAGGAGCUGGGGUGGUCCCUGGAGAGAGCUUCAGUGCUGAGUACGCAGUUUUCGAAACGGGAGCCCGCCACCCGUUCUCCCAGGCGAUGGGAAGGAACAUUGCUAACCCCACUGCCAUGUUGCUGAGCUCCGCCAAUAUGCUGAGGCACCUGAACCUAGAAUUUCACUCCAACCUGAUCUCGGAGGCUGUGAGGAAAGUCAUCAAAUUGGGCAAGGUUCGGACCCGAGAUAUGGGCGGUUAUUCCACCACCAGCGAUUUCCUGAAGAUUGUCAUCGAUAACCUGCACCCUGCUCGUCUCCGCUAGCCUGCUCCAGGCCUCCCUGCUGGGAGUUUGGACAUGAUGCUGCCGUUGGAUUGGACCCCUUCAGGACUCCCAGUGGGCCCUCGAGUCCUCUUUCUCCUCUUGAGGAUUGAGGUUUCAGGUUGUUUCCACACUUCUGGCUGGUUGGAGUUGGCAGAGCCUCAGUGAUGGCUCCAUCUCGGUGUAAAGCAGUGUCCUGCUCCAGAGCUUUAGUGUUUAAUGUUUCAUCCUCUGUGUUUGUUGACCAGUUGCCUGGCUUUAGCGAGCAGUCACAGGGCAGUAUUGGAGGCUUUACAUAAUAUCCAGGUUCAGUAAUAACUACACCAUUCCCUCUGUCUCUCUCUGUUAUUCCUGAUUUACAGAUUACCUCCUUUUCCUUUGUUUUGUUGGGAUUUAUCUUUUUUUUUAAGAUGUUUGUCUCAUCCCAAGAUGGAGAAACGAUGUGUGAACUAAUGAGAAUCAUGUUGGAAGCAGAUGCCAUGUACAGAUCAGCUGACUGACUCCCAGAGAGUCUGAGACUUUGAGCUUCUGAGUCAUUGACACUGGAUUAACUAAGAGCAUCACUCAGCAGCAGGCCAUUUACAGGGACAUGACCUCAGCUCCCCCUCCCCACGGAGGGUACCCGUGUAAAAUCCUGCUUUUGAGGGAAUUGUUUCAGUCCAAAAUAAAACAUUCCAGCACUUUUGUCAACUCUA